AUGCACCCGUUUUAUAAUACGUAUGGCAGUGGAGGAAACGUUGAACACCUGUAUGAUGACAAUUGGGUAGCACCACCAUCCAAUACACCGAUGAAGGAUAUUGAAGCAUGUUUAGAAACUGUAUCGAGUUCAAAUAUACAAGCAAUUAAAUCAACUUCUCAUCAAUCAUAUUUAUCACCAGAUAGAAAAAGAUUGGAUGUAGUGGCCAAUAGUCAAGAACAUCCAAAACUUUCUGGAGUUGGUGCCGCAUUAGAAAUGAAACACCUGUGGGAAGAGUUUAAUGAGCUUGGUACGGAAAUGAUCGUCACCAAAGCUGGCAGAAGAAUGUUCCCUACAUUCCAAGUCCGAUUAUAUGGUUUGGAUCCAGUAGCAGAAUAUAUGCUUAUGAUGGAUUUUGUUCCUGUAGAUGAUAAAAGAUAUAGAUAUGCAUUUCAUAGUUCAAGCUGGGUGGUCGCUGGUAAAUCGGAUCCUAUAUCACCCCCUAGAGUACAUAUUCAUCCUGAUUCACCAGCAUCUGGAGGACAGUGGUUGAAACAAGUUGUAUCAUUCGAUAAACUUAAGUUGACCAACAAUCAGAUGGAUGACAAUGGGCAUAUUAUCCUUAAUUCAAUGCAUCGAUACCAACCCAGAUUCCAUGUACUCUACAUUCCAGGAAGAGACGAAGGCUCUUCAAAUUCCACAAACAAUUUUAAAACAUUUAUGUUUCCAGAGACCAAAUUUACAGCUGUCACUGCUUACCAAAAUCACAGGAUAACACAGUUAAAAAUUGCUAGUAAUCCAUUCGCAAAAGGAUUCAGAGACUGCGAGACUGAAGAAUGUGGUCCUAUGUCUAUUGAUAGUGAACCACAAGCCGCCAAUAAUAAAUCGCAAUGCAAAAAAAACGUCACUGGAAUCCAUAACAACAAUAAUUGCGUUCAGUUCCCAAAUAAAGAAUCAACAGGAAGUUUGGGUGUGAUGGAGAACAUGUACAACAGCGAUAGUUCGUCAUCUGCUUCGCCGCCACACAUGAUGCAAGCUACUACGCACGGACAACACCAAAUGCCUUUGAACGCAACAACAGCGGCUACUACCCCAACCGUACCGGUCACGCCUUACCUGAGCCAAGUAUGCAAUUACGGACCGAUAUUCGCGUCACCUACAUAURCACAUCAUAACUACUCGCCRUUUCACGGAUAUGACAGACUCCAUCAAAAGAAUUCUAACACAGAGAUAGCGACCGGAUACCACAUGUCUUACCAGCAUCAUUACCAUCAUAGACCUUCCACGUUUCACGGAGCUCAAAAAACAUCCAAUACAUAUUUGCAAAAUGAUUACGCGCCCAGGUAGAACGCGUUAUCGUCGAUACAGUAACUAAUAAUAAUUAGAGUAAUAUCUAUCCUCGUUAAUGUAUGUAUAGAUAUUUGUGAUUAUUAAGUUGUAUAAAAUCAAUCUAGAUGGAAUUAAAAUUUGUAUAUAUUCAUAAAUUAUAAAACGGGAUUGUAUACUUAUAUGUAAAUAGGAUAUAGGAAAUUAUAACGUCUAAUUAAUUUUAUUUAAAUUACUAA